UCCGCUGGGCGCCGCGGGCGGAGGGACGCGCGGAGAUGACGCAGGCCACACCGGAUGCCGCUCCCCUGUGAGGUUGCGGACCGUGAGCGGCGGCCGCUGGUCCAGGCGCCAUGGCUGUGGAGCGGACCCGGCCGCUGCGAGGCUCUGGCGGCCCGAGCGCGCCUAGUCGGUGUGAGCCCGGCGCGAGGUCCCGGGCCCCGGGGCGCUCGCUCAGGUAAAUUUUUCCAUAACCUUAUGGAGAGAAAGGACUUUGAGACAUGGCUUGAUAACAUUUCUGUUACAUUUCUUUCUCUGACGGACUUGCAGAAAAAUGAAACUCUGGAUCACCUGAUUAGUCUGAGUGGGGCAGUCCAGCUCAGGCAUCUCUCCAAUAACCUAGAGACUCUCCUCAAGCGGGACUUCCUCAAACUCCUGCCCUUGGAGCUCAGUUUUUAUUUGUUAAAAUGGCUUGAUCCUCAGACUUUACUCACAUGCUGCCUCGUCUCUAAACAGUGGAAUAAGGUGAUAAGUGCCUGUACAGAGGUGUGGCAGACUGCGUGUAAAAAUUUGGGCUGGCAAAUAGAUGAUUCUGUUCAGGACGCUUUGCACUGGAAAAAGGUUUAUUUGAAGGCUAUUUUGAGAAUGAAGCAACUGGAGGACCAUGAAGCCUUUGAAACCUCAUCAUUAAUUGGACACAGUGCCAGAGUGUAUGCACUUUACUACAAAGAUGGACUUCUCUGUACAGGGUCAGAUGACUUGUCUGCAAAACUGUGGGAUGUGAGCACAGGGCAGUGCGUUUAUGGCAUCCAGACGCAUACUUGUGCAGCAGUGAAGUUUGAUGAGCAGAAGCUUGUGACAGGCUCCUUUGACAACACUGUGGCCUGCUGGGAAUGGAGUUCCGGAGCCAGGACCCAGCACUUCCGAGGGCACACAGGGGCGGUAUUUAGUGUCGACUACAAUGACGAACUGGAUAUCUUGGUGAGUGGUUCUGCAGACUUCACUGUGAAAGUAUGGGCUUUAUCUGCUGGGACAUGCCUGAACACACUCACCGGGCACACGGAAUGGGUUACCAAGGUGGUUUUGCAGAAGUGCAAAGUCAAGUCUCUCUUGCACAGCCCUGGAGACUACAUCCUCUUAAGUGCGGACAAGUAUGAGAUCAAGAUUUGGCCAAUUGGAAGAGAAAUCAACUGCAAGUGCUUAAAAACAUUGUCUGUCUCUGAGGAUAGAAGUAUCUGCCUGCAGCCAAGACUUCAUUUUGAUGGCAAAUACAUUGUCUGUAGUUCAGCACUGGGCCUCUACCAAUGGGACUUUGCCAGUUAUGAUAUUCUCAGGGUCAUCAAGACUCCUGAGAUACCCAACUUGGCCUUGCUUGGUUUUGGAGAUGUCUUUGCCCUGCUGUUUGACAACCGCUACCUGUAUAUCAUGGACUUGCGGACAGAGAGCCUGAUUAGCCGCUGGCCCCUGCCAGAGUACAGGAAAUCAAAGAGAGGCUCAAGCUUUCUGGCAGGCGAAGCUUCCUGGCUGAAUGGACUGGAUGGGCACAAUGACACGGGCUUGGUCUUUGCCACCAGCAUGCCUGACCACAGUAUUCACCUGGUGUUGUGGAAGGAGCAUGGCUGACGUCACGAGCCACCACUGCUGGCCGACUUUGGGUGCCUGGGCUGCGGGUUUUGAGUGCAACCUCUGUGGCGGCCGACUGCAUGAACCAAAGUUCUCACUUAAUGGUAUCAUCACGCAGUGCACAAUCAUUUAUCUCUGUUUGCCAGGGGCCAGGGCUCUGGGUGGGGAAGGGCUCGUUUUAUUGACAUACAGCGCAGCAUGCUAAGGGGGCACACCAUUGACUUCAUUUGUAUGUAGUUACGUUGGUCAGUAUAAGAGGAUGCAUUUUGGAUUCAUCUUUCUUGAAUAUUGGUUUUAAGUAAAGAAAUUCAAAUGAUUUAUUAAUCUGCUAAUUGGUUGCCUAUAAAAACACAUUCAUUCUAUUAUUAAAGCUUUUUACCAUCGCCUUUUUUUCUUUCAAAGUUGAAGCAAAGGUGCUAUGAUGUUUUACAGUAAUUUUUCUCACAUGGGGCUUAGCCUUUAUAACAAGCAGUAUUACAAAGACCACCAAGUCCUGUGACAUUCCAAAACUCUCCACCAAACACCAGUUCUAAAGAAAGUCUGUCUUCCAAUACAAAUCCAGUUCUGUAAAUUGUUUGUAACGUAUUCUAAUUCCCAGUUCUUGGCAGAGUCCAGGCCAGCCACGUCGAGGUGUGAGGGAGUCCCGUAGUUCUUGUUUCCAUCUGGGGCCCGCUGGUCUUCGGUCUCCCACAGCACAGGUGCCUGCACAGAGGUGACGAGGUGCGGUGGAAAGAGCACUGAGGUGGAAGGUUGGACGGGCUCUGUUGCCUAGGAACCCUGCGACCUCAGGCGUGUCGCGCCCCUGGCCCUGGUUUCUCUGUCUGCACAGCUAAUAGUUAGCUAGAUGAUUUGUGAGAUUCUUUCUGGUCCUGCAUCUGCUGAGAUGUGUAAAAGUUGAUAUUUUUGUUUUGUCUGAUUACUGAUUCAUUGUUUCUUUGGGGUUGGAGAUAAUAUAUAAAUGAAACCACUGAUACAAAGUUGUCAUCUGUAAGGAAACCAAAUGUAUGAAAGAGAUGGCUAAAAGGAGAAUGUAGAACAUGCACAUGUUCCACUGAGGAUAUGUAAACGAUGGGUGGGAGAGGUGCAGGUAGGAGUUGUGGUUCUGUAGAGAGGCCAUGUGUUGUGUGAGAAAGACACCUGACCCUAAUUUUCCCUCUAACUUGAUGUAUGGCCUCAGGCAGGUUUAUUUUCUGUCCCUGGGCCCUCUUUUUAAAAAUCUGUACAAUGAAGGAAUUGCCCUUGAUUAGGGUUCAUAAACUCACACGCCCAGGGGAGUUACGCAGAUGACAGAAAUGAGAAGCAGGCGCUGGGUGGGACUGCCAAACCGCAGACAGCUCAUAGAACAGGGCAGGCACUCAGCUGUAAGCAUUAGGCAGAGACGAGCCCAGUCCAGCGUUGGCAGGUCUUCCGUUUUUUUCAGGAGGAACAGAAUUUUGUUUGAAAUUUCCUGAUUUAAAAAUGUUGACGACUAACUGAAGAUAAUUUAGAAUACAGCGGGCUAGGCCAGUCACGUCUGUGGGCCACCAGCUGGCUUCCUCCGCCCUCUCUCUCAUUGCUGUAAAGUGAAAGAAGGCUGUGUGAUUCGGCAGUGGAAAUGUUUGAACAAAUUGGGCCAUUCAGCUGUCCCUUUGUGUUACAGGGGAGUGAGGGGAGGGGGCAUGCUUCAUUCACAGGCGGGAAAGUAAUUUAAAGAUGAACAUAAGAACCAGACCCUCAGUGAGAGCCCCUGCCUGGCAGUGUGAGUUACUCAUUCUCCUUGCCGACCAUAAUGCAAAGCGUACCCAUCCUAGGUGGGAGAAGGGGUUCCCAGCAGAGCUGAGAAUGAUGCAAAUUCUGCAGUGUGUACACAGCUCUCCCAGGAUCUGCAUUCGCGAGAGCCUGGCAAUGAACUGCUGACUGCUGUGAAGCUUAGAGAAUCGAUGGGUUCAAGGACAGGCUUGGUUAAUAGCCAUGGCGACACUCUAAAGGAAUUAGGUAAAAGAACAGGAUCUUCCUCCAUCCCCUAAAUUCAUCUCAUACUGAGUUCUUUGUAUAAGCUCUGCUUGGUCCUCCAAGAAAUGGAACCCGAAUUGCAGCUGGAAUCUAUUUUGCAGGAGCCUCAGGAGACUUGGGGCGAUGAUGAGGGUAAAUGACUUUUUCCUUCCCAUGCAGCCUAAACAAAUAACUGACAUUACUGUUUCCAUGACCAUCCCUACUCCCGCCUCACUUGGAGAUUAUUCAGUAGCUUCAAAGAGUGAGUCAUUUAUAAUAGCCUUUGUGGGGGGGGGGGUGUUUUGGAAGUGACAAACCUGAAACUUGUGUGGUGUGUCCCACUUCCCAUUUCCAGUGUGAACAUGUGCGUAGUUACCACGGUGGCACGGAGCGCGACGGAUUCUGACAGCAGCCCCGGAGGCUAGGGCUGGAGUCCUUCGAUUCCUCCUCACGGCGGCCUUCAUGGCUCCAGAGCAUUUUAUUUAAUUGCCUUAUAGUUGCUAGAUGUGGCCAUACUGUUGCCAGCUUUUAUAAGGAUGGAAUACUAACUCAUCCUUUAAAACAGUGAAGCAGGAUGGGGAGUCAGCAAAAGUGGCCAGGGGAUAACAAGCUGUAGUUGCUUGGUGCCCUUUCAUUGAGCUGGGGGCCGUGUUCUCCACAUGCUGAUGCCUGCUUCCUUAGCUCAGAGGGGAGGGUCAGGGCUUUGCCUCUUGUGGCUGUUCUCAUCUCUGAAAAAUUCUCAAGUUACGGGCAGAUGACUCCAUCCUUGUGUAUAUUGGCUAUCUUUAAUGACACUGAGUUUGGUGGAUGUGAGGGCUUCUCCCAGGGCCAUAAAAGCGCAGAACAACCCGGGCUCCAGGGUGACGGGGUCCUGGACAGCUGGGCGUGAGGUUUUUAGCAGACUCUGUUCCCAUUUCAGUGGAAGCUACCAUAUUUUGCCGUGUACAAUGUGCACUUUUUUGCCCAAAUUUUUGAGGAAGAAAUAAGGAUGCACAUUAUACGUGGGUAGUACUAAUUCUAUACAUAAAUGUUUUUAAUUCUUUUAUUUAUGCUUAUGCAUUAAAAAUGUAAUUCUAGAAAGCAAUAAUGAUAUCCGUGUGCAAAAUAAUACCCUGGGAUACAAUAAUCAGUUUUAUUCCUAAAUAUUAAUUAAAAUGAAAGAUUUCUUUUUCCCCUGAAAGUUUGGACCAAAAAUAUGGGAGCGCAUUAUACGCAGCAAAAUACGAUAGUUUCCUCCAGCCCUGUUAUUUGAAGUAGUCAGUGCUGUCAAAGCUGGUCCUAACCCAACUUUCAGACCUAGUAGAGAAGUAGGAAGAAAGACCCUCCAGGGAGGGGCUCGACUUUGAAGAAGCUCCGAAGGAAGGUUCCCAUGUUUGGGUAGCUUCUCAUCAAUGGAAGGUGAGGAAUAUUGCUGUUACAUUUUAAGGUUUGCACUUCAUCUUUGAAAGUUUGAAAAUUCUGUUCUGGCCAUUGAAAAUGCUUAGGGUAAAAUGUGAAUGAGGAUUAUGUAAUCCUUCUAAUAUUUGCUCUCAGGAGAUGGAUUUCUGCUCUGAAUUUAUAAAAUAGGGAGAAAACAAUCUGUUUGGAAACAGUAUUAUUUAGACAUGAAGAAAUUGUUUCUGUUAGAUUAAGCAUUUUACCCAAAGUAGCUGAGGAUAGUGGAGUCUGGCUUUGCACAUUGCUUUGGCCAAACCCAGCCAGCUAGCUCCUUAUUGCUGGGCUCCUGUGCCCUGGCUGCUUGGAGCCUAGAGGUGUGUCAGCCCCCCAUCACUUCCAGCUUUCUGGGCCCUCUCCGGGCUUCCUGCAGGCCUAGGUGUCUGAAUCACUUGCUUUUGCUGCAGGGAAGUGUGCAGAAUCAGCUGCUCCAGGAUGCAACUUGGGGCAGGGUGCACUGUCACAUGGAGUUGUUGGGAUAGGGGAGAAGACCUAAAGGGUCUGUGCCCUUGAUGGAGCCUUUGUUUCUGGUUCUGCUGGUUCUUGCCAGGACAUAUAAGACACUGCUGGGAGGUAGUCCCCAGAUGAAGAGUCUGAUGAAAGGACAGGUUAGCAUUCUUGACAGAAGUGCCCACUAGCUGUCUUCGGCAGUGUCUCUCUGACCACAGGUUCCCCAUGCCCACUCUAGGAAAGUGAGUUUUUUUGGUUUUUUUUUUCAGGCUAAAUCCUCAAAUAGGUGACUGGAUAGUCUCACACCAUUGCCAUCAGCCUAAUCAGGCUGAAGACUCAUGCUCCCUGCGGAAAGGUAUUUUGCAGUCAAGUCCAGUGUUUUCGUCUUCUCUAGAGUGAUUUCGUGGGUUAGUGUUACAUUCCUGACUAGUGUAAACCCACUUACUUACUGUAGCUUAAAGAGUCAGCUGGUUCUGCUAGUCAGGGAUGUGCUCAAAUGAAAAGGUGUUUUUGUAUAUUUAAACUAGGCAAAUUAUUCAUUCAGCUGAUACAAACUCAACAGUUUUUUGGAGUCCCUAUACCCAAAUUGUGAACCAAAUGUAUUUCACUAAGGCUCAGGUUGAAAAAGGCUGGUUUCCAACCCAACGUCUGUAGCAACGUGGUCACAUUCAUCAACUUGCAUUUCACUAAUUUGAUGUAUGUUGUGAUCUAGGGGGAAUGAGGUGAAGUUUAUAUUUGGUCUGUGGGUCGGGGGGAGUAGGGAUUGCUUCAACAAAUAGUGGAGUGAUUGUGGCACAAGGUCUCUGUUUAAGAGGAGCCGUUCUUCUCAUGCAUCAUAGAACUUUCUUUUACCCGUGAGUGAUCGUGCUAACUAUAAGUCAUUUAUAUCUAUACAUUAAAACAGGUUCCUCAAUUAGGCAACAUUUGGUUAGCCAAGCCCAAGUUAUUGUUUGUACUGGAAAGUAAUAAAUCUGCAUUUCCUUAAAAAUA